AACCCCAACCUUUGUCCUACCAAGUGCGAACUACAUGUUUCCUCUGCUCCACCUCUUCCUCCUCUUAAUCUCUGCUGGAGCGAUCGAUGAUUCCGUCUCCGCCUACGAUGCCCUCCAGCUGUACAACUUCCCCAUCGGCCUCCUUCCGCAGGGUGUAAUUCGAUACGACCUAGAAAACAGCACGGGAGAAUUUUCAGUCUACUUCAACGGGAGCUGCAGUUUCUCGCUUGAGGGAUCGUACCAGCUUCGAUACCAGCCAUCUAUCUCCGGCAGGAUAUCAACGAAUAGGCUCGGCAAUCUCAAGGGUGUUAGCGUCAAGGUGAUCCUUUUCUGGAUUAAGAUUGUCGAGGUGGUCCGAAAUGGCGACGAACUCGAAUUCUCUGUGGGGAUCGCUUCAGCGGACUUUGCCAUCGAUAACUUUGGCAUUUCUCCGCAGUGCGGGUGCGGAUUGAAUUGCGACGCCGUCGGCGAUGUGGCGGAGGAGGUUGAUCUGUUGUCGUUGAAAGCCGCCGUCUGAUGAAUUUGGUAUGCGAGAUAUCGGCAUUUCUUUCUUAUAUUGUGUUGAGUUUCUAGGGUUCAAUGUAUCAUGGUAGAAAGUUCU